GAGAUUAAACCAUCAUCAACACAUCACAUCUUCAUAUCAAGCAACCAAAUACACAAACACUACUUUACAAUUUAACGUAAUACAUACCAACUCAACAAUAAUCAACAUGUUCUCCAAGACCUUCAUCGCUACCCUCCUUGCCAGCUCUGCUGCUGCAACCCCCAUUGUCUCUGCACGUGCUGCAAGCGAUGCCUUCGGCCUUAUCUCCAUCAGAUCCGGUACCGAUCUCCAAAACCAAGCAAUCGUCGCUAAUGGAGGUCGUCUCUACAUUGGAAAGGAGACUUCCUCGUACUGCCCUUUGGCUACUGGCUGCCCUGCCGGUACUUCUACAACCUUCGUAGCUGGUGAAAGCACUAUCAGUUUGAACACUGAGGUUCCAGGAGGCCAACAAGUUUACAUCGGUACCGACUACUCGGUAUCCUACACUCAACCACACUCCGCCGAUACCCACGGUGGAGUCACCAGUGGAUGGGUUUACACCGCUGGAGAGAACGGCUCCCUCGGAUCUUUGUCCUUCCCUGACUACGGAUUCAUUGCAUGCCGCGAGUCUGACGGCGUUUACGCCGUCUUCAUUACCCCUGGUGGAUCUGGUACUGGAAACUGCACCGGUAUCGCUGUCGCUACUGUCCCAUACACCGGUGAAAGCCCUUCCGCUUGGGAGUACGCUUAAAUCAAGAAUGGAGUGGAGGAGUGAUGAGGAGUGAGGAGGAGGAGAAGGAGGAGGGGGAGGAGGAGUUGAAGCGAAGUUGUGAAAAUAUUGUUUUCUGAUUAGUUCCUUGGCGACAUUGCAACCUUAUUGUAUUUAAAUAUUAUAUAUCUGCUGUUCAUUCCUUACGGCAUUGAUAUUCCGAAUUGAAAUAUUAAUCUUCAACA